AUGACGCCGCUUUUCUUGAUGGGCGGGGCCUUGGCCGUCGUGGCCCUGGUCUUCGUUGCCGUGAAUUGGAUGGCCAAACCCAAGGAAGAGUCAUCCCCAAAGAGCAAGCAGGCGAACAAGGGUGCCACUGCUGCUGCUCCAGCCACCCCGGCCCAGGCCCCACGCAAGCGUCGCAACAGUGCAUCGCGCACCGUGAUCUCCGCCGAGGAGAAGGAGCGCCGCCGCCGUGAGCGUGAGGCUCAACGCAUCGCCCUUGAGCAGGAUAUCAAGCGCAAGGAAGCCGAGGCUGAAGCCGCCGCAGAAGCCGAGCGUCAGCGCAAGGCCAAGGCUGCCGCCAAGAAGCGUGAAGCUGAGAUGCUUGAAAACAACCGCCGCCAACAGCAAGAGGCCGAGCAAAUCCGCGCUGCCAAGCUGCAGCAGGAGAAACCACUCAAUGCUUCUGCUCUGGAAAAGGCGCGUGCCGAGAAGGAAAAGCGUCGCGCUGCUGCCCAAGCGGCCGAAUCAGAGGCCAAGCGCAAGCGCGAUGAACGACUGCAACGCCUGGAGCAAGAGCGCAAAGAACUUGAACGUCGUCAAGAGGAGAAGCGUGUAGCCCUGGAGCGUCGCGAGCAAGAGCAGAUUGAGAAAAUGCGCCAGAAGCUGCAGGUAUGUUACCAACUGAAAGGUGAACGCAAUCGUUUUGCAGCCAUCGCCGUCUUAAAGUUCGGGCGUUGUUUGACCUCGCGACAGGAGGACAAGGAACGCGAGGCCAAGGAGCGCGAGGCGCUCCGCCGUCAGCGCGAAAUGGAAGAGGCUGCCCGACAAGAGGCUGAACGCAAGCGUGUCGAGGAGAUGGAGCGUCGCUUCAAGGAGCGGGAGGAGCGCGACCGUAAAAUUCGGGAGGCCGAGAAGGAGCGCGAACGCAAGGCCAAGGAAGAGGAGCUUCGCAAGGCUGAAGAGAUGAAGAUGAAGGCCGAGCAGGAGCGUCUUGAAGCUGAGCGUAAGGCAGAGGAAGAGCGUCUGGCCGCGGAGAAGGCCGCCGCAGACAAGGCUGCUGCCGAAGCUGCAGAGAAGGCUGCCGCGGAGAAGGCUGCUGCCGAAGCUGCUGAAAAGGCUGCCGCUGAAAAGGCUGCCGCUGAAAAGGCUGCCGCUGAAAAGGCUGCUGCCGAAGCUGCGGAGAAGGCCGCCGCCGAAGCUGCUGAGAAGGCUGCUGCGGAAAAGGCUGCUGCGGAAAAGGCUGCUGCGGAGAAGGCCGCCGCUGAGAAGGCCGCCGCUGAGAAGGCUGCCGCUGAGAAGGCUGCUGCGGAGAAGGCUGCUGCGGAGAAGGCUGCUGCGGAGAAGGCUGCUGCUGAGAAGGCCGCCGCUGAGAAGGCUGCUGCUGAGAAGGCCGCCGCUGAGAAGGCCGCCGCUGAGAAGGCCGCCGCGGAGAAGGCUGCUGCGGAGAAGGCCGCUGCGGAGAAGGCUGCUGCGGAGAAGGCUGCUGCGGAGAAGGCUGCUGCGGAGAAGGCCGCCGCUGAGAAGGCCGCCGCUGAGAAGGCUGCUGCUGAAAAGGCUGCCGCUGAGAAGGCUGCUGCGGAGAAGGCUGCUGCGGAGAAGGCUGCUGCGGAGAAGGCCGCCGCUGAGAAGGCUGCUGCUGAGAAGGCCGCCGCUGAGAAGGCCGCCGCUGAGAAGGCCGCCGCUGAGAAGGCCGCCGCUGAGAAGGCCGCCGCUGAGAAGGCCGCCGCUGAGAAGGCCGCCGCUGAGAAGGCUGCUGCGGAGAAGGCUGCUGCGGAGAAGGCUGCUGCGGAGAAGGCUGCCGCUGAAGAAUCGGAUAGCGAUGAGGAGGAAAUGGCAAUGGGCGGCGAUGGUGACUUUGAUCCCUUGGAUAUGAUGGCACCCAGCGACGAGUGGCAGCACAAACAAUCUUGGGAAGAUGAAAAGGAACCCGAAGCAGAGGAGCAGCCCGAACCUGAGCAACAACCUGAGCCCAAAAUCUCUCUUGAGGAGAAGCAGCGCUUGUUGCAUGAUGCUUUGCUUUUCCUGAUGCGCCGCAUCCAACAAUUGGACCAACCCACGGAUUCGGGCUACUCAGGCUACGCUGAGGAGUAUGAAGGCAUUACCGAGGGAAAUGACAACACUUCCCAAGCCACUCGUGACAACCGCCUGCUGAACCGCUAUUCCAACGUGACUGCGUACGACCACAGCCGUGUCAAGGUUGCACCCACGUCACACAACAACAAUACUGACUAUAUCAACGCUAACUUUGUGGAUGGCUAUCACGGCCCGAAAGAGUUUAUUGCCACUCAGGGACCUUUGCCUGUGACUUGUGUGAGCUUUUGGCAAAUGAUUUGGGAGCAACAAGCUGUGGCAAUUGUCAUGGUCACGGCUUUGAUCCAAGGCAACCGUGUCAAGUGCCACCAGUAUUGGCCCGACGAAGCUGCCACGAAGUACGGUGAUGUCAUUGUUCGCCCGCUCUCUCAAGAGGAGAACAAGGUCUAUAUCAAGCGUGUCUUCCAGUUGCAAAAGGAUGGCGAGACUCGUGAAAUCGCACAGUUUGAGUUUUUGAACUGGCCCGAUCACGGUGCGCCCGACUCUACGAUGGACAUGAUUGAGUAUCGCACUGCGGUGCGCUCGUACACGGGUCUUAAAAACAAACACCCCAUUGUUGUCCACUGCUCUGCGGGUGUCGGCCGAACGGGCACAUUUAUUGCUCUUGAUCGUUUGUUCCGUGCCGUGGAUCAUGCGGACCUGGAGAACCUUGAUGUUCGUGCUGUUGUCGCCAACAUGCGUCAUUCGCGCACCAUGAUGGUGCAAGCCCUGCCACAAUACGAGUACAUUCACAAGACCUUGAAGGACUACAUGAUGCAGCAACUGCGGCAAGUGAAGCAAGCCCUGGCCACCAAGGCGACCGUGUCAAGCGUCUAA